UACAUUGCAUCUUCUUCUUCUUCUUCUUCUUCUUCUCUCUCUCUCACUUCAAACACCUGUUAAUUUUUUCCUAUAUAUACCUUUCUAUAACUUCCAUCCUUGGAAACGCAAGACUGGCAUACUAAAUUCCACCAUUACUGCUCUUCUUAUUUUCCUUUGACUCUCUUCCCUUUCUCUUAACCACCCAAUUGCCUUUUUAUAUAUAUUCACAUUCAUAUAUACAUUCAAAUUCCUCCAUUGCUCGUGAUGGAAGUUCAGGAGGAAACUAUGGCUCUUGUUAUCAAAGGAAAAAGGACUAAGCGUCCUCGGCCGAACUCUCCACUUACGUUGCCUAUGGUUUCUACUUCUUCUAGUGCCGUUGAAAGUGAAAGAUUUAGUGACAAUUCUUGUCCUACUACAUCUUUUGAUUUCGCCACAACCAGUACUGAAGAAGAAGAGGACAUGGCGAAUUGUUUGAUCCUUUUAGCUCAAGGUCGAAGCUUUGAAAGGAAAGUUUUUACGGAUGAUGAUCAUCAUCAUCAGCUGGUUGAGAAUUAUCAGUGCAAGACGUGUAACCGGUGUUUUUCUUCAUUUCAAGCCUUGGGCGGACAUAGAGCCAGUCACAAGAAACCCAAGAAUGUUAAUGAAGAAAAGAAAACUUUGUUGGUAAUCAAAGAAGACGAAGAUCAUAUCAGCCAGAUGAGCACCGCCCUUUCUCUGCAAUUAUCAAAUAGGGCGUCUCUCUGUGUCAGCAAUAACGUCAAGGUCAAUAAAGUUCAUGAAUGUUCCAUUUGUGGCGCUGAGUUCUCAUCCGGGCAAGCCUUGGGCGGCCAUAUGAGGCGACACCGAGCGUUUAUAAGCAAUAAUACGACGACGUCAACAGCUUUGAGUAUUGCUACAAGCAGUGAUCAUCAUCAUCGUCAUCAUUUGGCGGAGGCCAAGAGAAAAAGAAAUUUGUUGCACUUAGAUCUUAAUCUUCCGGCGCCGGAAGAUGACUGCCGGGAAUCGAAAUUCAGCUUCUCUUCAAAAGAGCAAGUUAUCGUCUUCUCAGCUUCUUCGUUGGUUGAUUGCCAUUACUAAACGACUGCAACAAACAACCUUUAUCUUUAUCUUUUUUUUUCUUCUUCUUUUUAAUGGAAUUGUGUUACGAAGAAAAUGUCAAAAAUUACCAUUGUUAAAUUCUGUAUAAUGUAAGUGAUAAUUGUUUAUUCUUUGAAAUUGAUGGAAACGGAAAUAAGAGAUUGAGGAAACA